AUGUUCGCCCGCUCAUUACAUCGUGUCGCUCUCAGCCGGAUAGCUGCUGCACGCACUCUGCAUCUGAGCGCAGGCUCAGCACACUUCCCGCGACUCGCGAGCCAUCCACGCCGAGACUGGCGACGAGCCGAGUUCUCCACGACGCCCAGGCGAGAUGCGGCGGAGGACGAGUCGGUGAACGCCAUGAUGGAGACGCAGCAGAAGUUCGAGCGCAUAUUCCGGGAGAAGCCUGAGCUGAAGCAACACAUGAAGGAGCUGUACGAGGUGCUGAAGGAUGAAGGGAUCGACUUCAAUGGAGGUCGGCCACCGAACAAGAUGCAGAUGCUUGGACUUGUGUUCAAGCCCAAGGUCAGGGACGCCCUCAUGAAGGUCUCCGCUAGCUUCCACGAAAUGGGAAUUAAUCCGCAGGACAUACAAGAGGACCUCAUGAGGAUAGCGAAACAUUGGAACCCAGAUUCAAAAUAA